CUGGCUUUGAUUCUUGGGCAACUCGGGUUGGAGCUUUGUGUGCCGGAGCGCCGAGGGCCACCCGUCUCCCCGAAAGCCUCCCGCCGGAUGCGUUCCCCCCCCUCCCUGAGCCUCUUUCGCCGCGGUGGGAUUUAGCAGCGCGUGUAAGCAACAAUGAGCUCGGGGAACGCUUCCUACCGAUGCUCCGUUUCCUCCUCUGCGGAUUUUUCCGACGAGGAGGAUUUCAGCCCAAAAUCCGGCUCCCUCUCUCCGGCUCCGGGCGACACCCUCCCGUGGAACCUACCAAGGCACGAGAGAUCCAAGAGGAAGAUCCAAGGGGGAUCUGUGCUGGAUCCAGCCGAGAGAGCUGUGCUCAGGAUAGCCGAUGAACGGGACAAAGUCCAAAAGAAAACGUUCACAAAAUGGAUAAACCAGCACCUCCUGAAGGUUCGAAAACAUGUCAAUGACCUGUACGAAGAUCUGAGAGAUGGACAUAACUUGAUUUCUCUUUUGGAAGUUCUUUCAGGAGAUAUUUUACCCAGAGAGAAAGGACGGAUGAGAUUUCAUAGACUACAGAAUGUCCAAAUUGCACUUGAUUAUUUGAAAAGGCGACAGGUGAAACUGGUGAACAUUCGAAAUGAUGACAUAACAGAUGGGAAUCCUAAAUUGACAUUGGGAUUAAUAUGGACCAUAAUUUUGCACUUUCAGAUUUCUGAUAUCCAUGUUACUGGAGAGUCAGAGGACAUGUCUGCUAAAGAACGAUUGCUUCUUUGGACGCAACAGAUAACAGAAGGUUAUGCUGGAGUUCGCUGUGAAAAUUUUACUACCUGUUGGCGAGACGGGAGAUUAUUUAAUGCCCUCAUUCAUAAAUACAGGCCGGACCUGGUCGACAUGAAUACUGUUGCUGUUCAAAGCAACCUUGCAAAUUUAGAGCAUGCUUUUUUUGUAGCUGAAAAACUUGGCGUGGCCCGGCUUUUGGAUCCUGAAGAUGUCGAUGUGUCCUCGCCAGAUGAGAAGUCAGUCAUCACUUAUGUAUCAUCACUUUAUGAUGCAUUUCCCAAAGUACCUGAAGGUGGUGAAGGCAUCAGUGCACAUGAUGUUGAAGUCAAAUGGAUUGAAUACCAGAAUAUGGUGAACUACCUCAUCCAAUGGAUUAGGCACCAUGCCAUAAUAAUGAGUGACAGAGCAUUUCCGAACAAUCCUGUAGAACUCAAGGCACUUUACAACCAAUAUUUACAAUUUAAAGAAACAGAAAUCCCACCAAAGGAGAUAGACAAAUCAAAAAUCAAGCAUCUAUAUAAACUACUAGAGGUUUGGAUUGAAUUUGGGCGUAUCAAGCUUCCUCAAGGCUACCACCCAAAUGACAUUGAAAAAGAAUGGGGGAAGCUAAUUAUUGCUAUGUUGGAAAGAGAGAAAAUGCUUCGACCAGAAGUUGAAAGGUUAGACAUGCUGCAGCAAAUUGCAAACAGAGUUCAGCGGGACAGCCUGAAUUGCGAAGACAAACUAAUGCUUGCUCGAAAUGUUACGCAGUCAGAGAGGAAACGAUUAGAAGCAGGCCUGCAGUUCCAGAAUGAAGCUGAGAUCGCAGGCUAUCUACUUGAGUGUGAAAAUCUUCUCCGCCAACAAGUCAUGGAUGCCCAGAUUCUUACUGAUGGAAAAUAUUAUCAAGCGGAUCAAUUGGUCCAAAGGGUUGCAAAACUCCGAGAUAACCUUAUGGCGUUGAAAGCAGAUUGUUCCUCAAUCUACAACAAGGGGAGAAUACUAACAACGGAACAGACCAAGAUGAUGAUAUCAGGAAUAACACAAAGCUUAAACUCAGGAUUUGCACCAAGCCUAAGCCCUAAUUUAAACUCUGGACUAAGUCAGGGAUUGUCUCCCUCCUUGACCUCAUCCAGUCUGACGUCAGGUUUAUCAUCAGGUUUUUCUUCAAGAUUGACCCCAACCAUCACCCCAGCAUACACCCCGGGCUUCCCACCACGGCUAAUCCAAAGCUACAUAACAGGAGUUGACACAGGUGGACUUCAAACGCUCAAGUUGACACAGAUUCGGAAACCCCUGAUGAAAUCGGCUUUCAUUGAUCAGAAUUUAACGGAAGAAGAAGUCAAUAUGAAAUUUGUCCAGGACCUCUUAAGAUGGGUAGACGAAAUGCAGGUACAACUUGACCGAGCCGAAUGGGGUUCAGAUUUGCCAGGUGUUGAGAGCCAUGUUGAAAAUCACAAGAAUGUUCACAAAGCUAUUGAAGAAUUUGAGUCAAGUCUUAAAGAAGCAAAAAUCAGUGAGAUGCAAAUGACUGCUCCACUCAAACACAGCUAUGCAGAAAAAUUGCACAAAUUGGAGAGCCAAUAUGCAAAACUCUUGAAUGCAUCCAGAAAUCAGGAAAGACACCUCGCCACCCUUCACAAUUUUGUAUCGCGAGCCACUCGGGAACUUAUAUGGUUGAAUGAAAAGGAAGAGGCAGAAGUUGCACAGGACUGGAGCGAAAGAAACACAAAUAUAGCAAGGAAAAAGGAAUAUCAUGCCGAUCUGAUGAGAGAACUGGACCAGAAGGAAGAAGUUAUUAAAUCAGUACAGGAAAUAGCAGAACAAUUGCUCUUUGAAAAUCACCCUGCGAGAUUAACUAUUGAGGCCUACCGAGCUGCAAUGCAAACCCAGUGGAGCUGGAUUUUACAGCUCUGCCAAUGUGUUGAACAACAUUUAAGAGAAAACACUGCAUAUUUUGAGUUUUUCAGUGAUGCCAAGGAGGCUCUGGAUUACUUGAAGAAUUUACGAGAUGCUGUACAUCGAAAAUACAAUUGUGAUAGAUCCAGCAGCAUUCAUAAACUGGAAGACCUGAUCCAAGAGUCUAUGGAAGAAAAAGAACAGCUCCUUCAGUACAAGAGCACCGUGGCCGGCCUUGUGGGCAGAGCAAAGACAAUAGUUCAGCUAAAGCCGAGGAAUCCCGAAAACCCCCUCAAAACGUCCAUCCCAAUUAAGGCCAUCUGUGACUAUCGGCAGAUUGAGAUAACCAUUUACAAGGAUGAUGAAUGUGUUCUGGCAACCAACUCUCAUCGAGCAAAAUGGAAAGUGAUCAGCCCAAGUGGCAACGAGGCCAUGGUUCCCUCCGUCUGUUUUACCAUCCCUCCUCCCAACAAAGAAGCCAUAGACAACCGCAACAGAAUUGAGCAGCAAUAUCAGAAUGUCCUAGCUCUGUGGCAUGAGUCGCACAUAAAUCUGAAGAGUGUGGUUUCUUGGCACUAUUUAACAACUGAAAUUGAAACUGUUCGAGCGAGUAAUGUGGCUUCGAUCAAAACACUCUUGCCCGGUGAACAUCAGCAGGUUUUAAGCAACUUGCAGUCUCGUUUUGAUGACUUCUUGGAAGACAGCCAGGAGUCCAAAAUCUUCUCAGUUGCUGACAUUGCCCAGUUGGAAAGGGAAGUGAAUGUAUGCAAGCAGUACUACCAAGAGCUCCUCAAGUCUGCUGAGAGAGAGGAACACGAAGAAUCUGUUUAUAAUUUAUACAUCUCAGAAGUUCGAAACAUCAGACUCCGAUUGGAGAAUUGUGAAGAUCGCUUGAUUAGACAAAUUCGAACGCCUCUGGAGAGGGAUGAUCUCCCUGAAAGUGUGUUUCGUAUCUCUGAACAAGAGAAGCUGAAAAAGGAGCUGGAUCGACUAAAAGAUGAUUUGGAAACAAUCACAGAUAAAUGCAACGAUUUCUUCAGCCAAGCUGCUGGUUUCCCUUCGGUUCCAACUCUGCGAUCUGAGCUUAAUCUUGUAAUUCAGAACAUGAAUCAGGUGUAUUCCAUGUCUUCCAUUUACAUAGAAAAGUUAAAAACUGUAAAUUUGGUGCUCAAAAACACUCAAGAGCUGAAGCUUAGUAAACAAUAUGAGACUAAACUUUGUGAGGAAGACCCAUUAACUGCUGACAAGAGCAAUAUUGAGAACCUGAUGGGUACACUGAAGCAAUGGAGAUCCGAAGUUGAAGAAAAAAGAGAAGUAUUCCAUGCCUUAGAAGAUGAACUCCAGAAAGCGAAGGCAGUUAGUGAUCAGAUGUUUAAAACACACAAGGAACGCGAUCUUGACUUUGACUGGCACAAAGAGAAAGCAGAUCAGUUAACUGAGAGGUGGCAAAAUGUUCAUUCUCAGAUUGAAAACAGGUUGCGUGACCUGGAGACUAUCAACAAAUCACUAAAGUACUACAGAGAUACUGACGGUGCAUGGGAUAACUGGAUCAAGCAAGUUGAAACACAGCAAAAAUUUCAGGAAAACCCUCCCCAGAACAGUAAAGCUCUGGCGAAACAGUUAAAUGAGCAAAAGAUGCUGGUGUCUGAAAUAGAGAUGAAACAAAACAAACUAGAUGAAUGUCAGAAAUACUCAGAACAGUAUUCAACUGCAGUGAAGGAUUAUGAGUUGCAGACAAUGACAUACAGAGCCAUGGUUGAUUCCCAGCAGAAAUCACCUGUGAAACGCAGAAGAAUGCAGAGCUCCUCUGAUUUCAUUAUACAAGAGUUCAUGGAUUUACGAACACGCUACACAGCCUUGGUAACCUUGAUGACUCAGUAUAUAAAGUUUGCCGGUGACUCUUUGAAAAGGUUGGAGGAGAGAGGUAAGCCAAUAGACAUUAUCAAAGAACAGUAGAACAAUAAACUUGCAGUUAUGCUUUUAGAUGAAAAUGUAACACUCAGAUUUCUUUAAUUGGCUUUAUGUUAUUUACAGGCAGUAGUACUGAAAUUGGUG